GGUAGCCCGAGCUGAGUAGAUACUGGAAAUAAUGGAGGCAGAGCAGCUCACACGUGCUACCAGUUUUACUGGCUUUUAUUAGUGAAGAGUUCAUUGAUGAUUUGAUGCUGACGCACAGUUAUUAUAAAACAACGUCUGUACCCCUGGUGCAAAUCAUCCUUUCCCAUGGGUGUCCGAUAUACUCAGUAUCCACAGCAGCCUAAUUUGCUUCAAGUCUCAAGCUUACUCACCCCAUUCAGAGUUACUAUUUACAUCAAGCUGAAACAGAAUAAAUAUUCUUGGUUAGGUGGUGAAUGAAUUCCUGUCGAUAACAUUCCAUGUAUUCUGUGUGCCCAGUGCCUUUUAAUUGUAUCACCUUCUACAGAAAAGUACAAGUUCAGGUGAAGUGGAAUAACUUAAGUCCGUUUAGCCAUGGCAUCAUCUCAGAAGACACAGCACUUUGCUCCUGUUGAUGGAGGCUGGGGAUGGAUGAUUGUUAUUGCCUGCUUUUUUGUAACUGUCUGCACUAGAGCUGUAACCAGAUGUAUCUCAGUAUUUUUUGUUGAGUUCCAGUCGCACUUUACUGAGGACUAUACUAGGACAGCAUGGAUACAUUCCAUUGUUGACUCUGCCACAAUGCUGUGUGCUCCUCUUGGCAGUUUCAUUGGUAACCGACUAUCUUGCAGAGUUGUUAUCAUUAUGGGAGGAGUGUUUGCUUCUACUGGACUAAUACUAAGUUCAUUUGCCACAAGCCUGGAAUACCUAUACCUAACGCUUGGCAUUCUUACAGGUUUCUCAAAAAGUUCCGGAUUUUUUGUUAUCUACUUGCUGUUGGAAUGGAUGGCCUUAGUUGUCUCAUAAUUCCUGUCCUCCGAACAUUUUCCCUUCUUGUCCCAUUUUCUGUUACGUUUGGAUACUUUGAUGGUGCCUAUGUAGCUUUAAUGCCCGUCAUAACAGCAGAUGUUGUGGGUGUUACUCAGCUAUCCUCUGCCCUUGGUGUGGUCUACUUUCUUCAUGCAAUACCUUAUCUUGUGAGCCCACCAAUCGCAGGUUUACUUGUUGACAGUACUGGCAGCUACACAGCAGCUUUUCUUAUCAGUGGAGCUUCAAUGAUCUUUAGUUCAUCACUGUUACUUUUUGGCAACUUGGUUAAGAAGCUCAGGAAAAAACAGGAAGGCCCUCUUCCUGCAGAGUCAAAUCCCAAACUUCAGAUAUGGAAUAAUUCCACAGUUCCUUAUAUUGUAGCAGGGGAGACGGACCAGAAGGCAGUAUAACAUUUUGGUGGCUAGUAUUUGAAAUACGAUUAAAGUAGCAUGCUAUUGACUUUAUUCAUAUAAAAUGGCUCCCAAAGAACAUGUUAUUUGUGGCAUCUGAAUUAAUGAACGCCUGAAUCCUUGCUGCUUGGAUAAAGCCAAAGUAUUGGAUUUCACUCAAGGAACUUGUGUAGUGAAAAACUCAGGAACAUGUAGAGUGAUAAGUUAAAAGAAAAUGUGCCUGAAUGCUAGAAACAAAGUAUACAUCUCUGUAAGGAAAUGUAUAAAUACCUGACUAAUGCAAUAUGCCAUGUUUACAUUUUGUAUUAAAUUAUGCUUUUAUCAGUUUUUAAUUUGUAGGUGAAGAAAAAUAGGAAAGCAUGUUCAGGUCCAAUUCAGCUGUACCUUCAAACUAAGAAAAAUGGUUAACCAUGCAUGCAGAUGAUUUUCGUCAGAUGUAUGAUGUCACAGAAAUCAGGGUGCUACUUCAAAGAUGAUUGCACUUUUUCUGCUGCUGCUUUUUAUCCCCAUGUAAUGAACUGAAUUAAGACUGUCUGCUCUGAAGGUAAUAAUUUUAGCUGAAAAAGAAGCAAUAGUCUAACAUUAGGAAAAUAGUACUUUUAUUUUUUUUUUUAAUUUAGAUGUCUUUGCUGCAAAAUAGUAUGAGAGUAGUAACUUAAAAUUUUUAAUUGUUUUUAAGAAGGUGACUUCACUUGGCAUUAAAGUGCAGAGACAAUGUAGGACAAGGCAGAACUUACCUAGGUCAUAUGGUACCCUGAGCAGUUCCCCAAAUUGGCACCCAGCUAAGGAACAGAAAAAAAAAAUUGUGGUCCUGAAACUCGCACUUUGCUACCAUUACUACCACAAACUGAGCUGCACUGAUUACUGUAAAAAUAGUAUCACCAUUUAUUUAUGAAGUGGUAAUAUCCUUGCAGCUUUAUAGAUCAGUGGCCAGUAUGGGACUCCUGCACCAUUUUACUUGCUGAUCAUACCCCCUGGGAUAGCCACCCUCUUCAACUCACUGUAGUUGCUUGAACAAUAUCCUUUCCUUUAGUCCCUGAUACAGUGCAAUCUUUCAGUAGUUAAAAAAUGUUUUACGCUUGGGUAACCUCACUGAAUAGAAUAUCAUCUGGUAAGAUGCAUAGUUUUGCUACCUGGCAACAUGUGAUUUUGCAGUCCAAUUCUUUCUUGGGUGCCUUCUGUAUGCAGUCUGCACACCUCUGCUAUGUCCAUUUGGGUUUUUUGCUCUAGUUUCCUAUUAUAUUCCACAAGACAUGCUGUAGAUGAACUGGUAAUCCUUCCAAAUGCAUGUAUGUGUGUGUGUUCCUCUCCAUCCUGAAAUGGGCUUGAGCCCUGUCAGGGGCAAGUUUGUCUUUCAUGCACUGAGUGCUGGUGUAAACAUCCUGCUCCUUGAUCCUUUAUUGCAGUGAACAGUUAACUGGAGAAUGGAUGAAAUCAAUGAGAUGCAGAAAUUCGUUUUCCUUCUGAUAUGAAUUUAAGUCGUCAUUCCAGUGAGUUUGGUGUAGAAUCUGAAUUUGAAAUUCUGUAUUCCAGAAUUAGUUUUCUAUGCCUGUUUUAUCUUUGAAUAAAAGAAAUCUUCACAAUGUG